AUGAAAGCUUGCUGCUCUUCCCAACCGCGGGAUCGUUCAUUUUUCUUUGUGUGUUUACUCUGUGUAACGGUCUUAGCCAUGAUGAUACAAACUGCCAAGUGUCAAAAUUAUGCACCAAGCAUGGAUGAUGGAUCUGUUUGGCCACCUGCCUUCAAUCCAUCUCUUUUCAAAUUGAAUGGAUGUUCAACCACUCCUCUUGUGGGAAGAAGAAAAACCUUCAAUGUUGGACCAGGACAAACUUACACUGAAUUGAACACAGUUCCAUGGUUGAGUUUGCAAGCAGGUGAUGUUGUCAAUAUUUUCUAUCGUUCCACACCUUACAAAACCUAUGUUGGUUUGAGAAGUGUUGGAAAUUCCACACAUCCAAUCACCAUCAAUGGAGUGACUGAUUCAAGUUGUCGAAGACCUGUCAUUUCUGGAGAUGGUGCUCUUCCUGCUGAUGAUGCAAAAGCUGCGUUGUGGGGAACAUGGAGCGGUGGUGGUUUGCCAGGUUCUGGAAUUUUCAUAUUUUGGAAAUCUUCAUCUGAUCCAGCAGAACAUACUCCUCAAUAUUUUGCUUUUAGAAAUUUGGAAUUGAGAGAUUGCAGAAAAGGCAAAUCAUAUAUUGGAUAUGAUGGUGCCUCUCACCCUUAUGAUUACUUUACAGGAGCCAUUUAUGCUGUCCGUAUCAAGCAUUUGUUGAUUGAUAAUUGUUUCAUUACUCAAAAUGGUAAUGGUCUCUUUACCAACACCAGAGGUCAAUCAGAAAAUGACUAUUCCUCCUACUUGUAUGUGAGAGGAUCCAAGCUCGAUAUGAAUGGCUAUCCAGAUGAUGAUCACGAACAUAAUUUAUACACACAAGCCAAGAGAGUUUUAGUUGAAGGAUGUUAUAUUGGUCAAGCGCAAGGUGGAAGUUCUCUCAAAGAUCGAAGCUCUGGAUCUGUCAUUCGAUACAAUUUCAUUAAGGCCAGUGCUCGGGCAUUGGAUUUAGUCGAAACAGAGGAAGAAUAUUAUAAGAAUUUACAACAGGAUCCUCUCUACAAUUAUGCAUGGGUUUAUGGAAAUGUGAUUUUGAAUGAUGAGAACUCUCCAACAGGUUAUUCAGGAAGAGCCAUUCACUGGGGCUUUGAUAACACUUUGGAACGAUCUCGAGCUGGAACCUUAUUCUUUUAUGGAAACACAUACAUGUUUAGAGCAAAGAAUGGAUAUUCCACAGAUAUUUUCCAACUUGGAAAUGAAGCUAGUCCUAGUUCUCCUGAAUUUACUAUUGCUUGUUGGGACAAUGUAUUCGCCAAUCAACCUAGUCAUCAAGGUAGUGUUGAGUUGAGAGUGUUGACAAGUCACGGUAAAGUCACCAUGAAAGGUAAUAACUAUAUUGAUUCUCGUUUCCAACAUAAGAGAAGAGAAUUGGGAGUAGCUGUUACCGAGACUUCAAGUGAACAUGGUGGUAACUUGUGGACUGGACCUUCGACUGUUUUGGACCCUAUGACAUUUAAACCCAAUGCUGGUUCAGUUUUAAUUGGUGCAGGAAACUCAUUCAAACCAGAUUAUUCACAAAUUGAACAAGCCAAUCCAGAUUUCAAGAAGGAGAAUUUGGAAAGAGUUGCUGAAUAUUACACAGUUUCAGGUGGAAUUGCUGGAGCAAGAUUGAGACCCAAUUCUCUUGCUUUGAAUGUUGGAGCUAUGUAA